AUGUCUGGCCUAGCAACCGUACAACUUGUGAAGGGGGGUGAAGGGCUUGUGUACGCGUCAAAGCGUCUAAAACUUGAACCACUGCCUCCUUCAGCCUGGAGCGCCUUGCUCUGCGAGUUGCGAGAUCCUUCUCAUAGCGUACGGUUUGGUGUCCAGCUUCGAAGAGCCAAGGACUAUGGUCGCAAGGAUAGCCUGACUUCUUGGCCUUCAAUGGUUGUCCAACCCGAGGCACAAUUCAUGCCCUGUUAUACUCUCUCGGUCCAUAUAUGGCCUGUAAACAACCAUGGAAGUGGACAAGCCGCCGCUGCAAACCUAGCCGCCGUGGCGGUUCACCACCCUCGCAUUCUUGGAGCUUGCUUGACUACGACUCUGGAUUUGGUAUUACUUUCUGCGUUGAUGGACCCAAGCUCCGUGCCCGCGUCUACAGCUCACUGUAACAGGGCAGCAAGUCUCGCGCGAGACUUGGCUGUCACGGCUGAGAGUGAGUUUGAGAGUAUCAGUAUUGCUUUUUCUCCAUCGCGGGAAAAAGUGUGGAGAACGCACUUUCACGCCGCUUCAUAUCUGCGUCUCAAUGCUGGCGAAAAGCUUGGAUAUGAUGGCUGGCGUCAGUAG